AAAUUCAACCCAAGCAGAGCUAUUAUGUUAUGACAUCUGCAAGACUGCAACUCCAUCUAAAGAGUCUUGAAAUUCUCUUUCAGCACCCCACCAAGAAACAUACAAAUUAUAUCUCCAAUUUUUUAAUUUCUGUAGCUCGUGUUUGUUUUAUUCUGUAUUUUACUGUCCUUUUCUAAAUCCAUCUGUAUAUAAAUAUUCCCAUCAAUCUCUUGCUUUUGUGUUGUAGAUGUAGAUUCUUGAAACCCCUUUUUGGUUAUUCUUGAAUUUUAUUUAAAAGGGGUGUUUUUUGGGAUCUGAUAUUUAUUUUCUUGGAUUUUUGUUGGGCUAGUAUGUCUCAAACCAACUGGGAAGCUGAUAAAAUGCUGGAUGUUUACAUCCAUGAUUAUCUUGUAAAGAGGGAUUUAAAGGCUUCUGCGCAGGCAUUUCAAGCAGAAGGGAAAGUAUCGUCCGAUCCUGUUGCUAUCGAUGCACCUGGUGGGUUUCUAUUUGAGUGGUGGUCAGUUUUUUGGGAUAUAUUCAUUGCUAGAACAAAUGAGAAGCACUCGGAAGUUGCCGCCUCCUAUAUCGAGACUCAGGUAAUUAAAGCAAGAGAGCAGCAACAGCAGCAGCAGCAGCAGCAACCACAGCAAUCUCAACACCCUCAACAUCAGCAAUUACAGAUGCAGCAAAUGUUGUUGCAGAGGCAUGUUCAGCAGGCUCAGCAGCAGCAACAGCAGCAGCAGCAACAACAACAGCAACAGCAGCAGCAACAACAACAACAGCAGCAACAAGCGCAUCAACAGCAACAGCAGCAGCAACGUAGAGAUGGAUCCCAUAUCUUGAAUGGCACAAAUAAUGGGAUUGUUGGAAAUGAUCAGCUUAUGAGACAAAAUACUGGAACUGCUAAUGUUAUGGCUACAAAGAUGUAUGAGGAAAGAUUGAAAGUACCACAUCAGAGGGACUCUUUAGAUGAUGUAGCUAUGAAGCAAAGGUUUGGUGAAAAUGUGGGCCAGCUUAUGGAUUCCAGUCAUGCGUCAAUACUAAAGUCAGCAGCUUCGGCUGGUCAGCCUUCCGGGCAAAUGCUGCACAGUACAGCUGGUGGCAUGUCCCCACAAGUUCAAGCUCGGAAUCAGCAACUUCCUGGAUCGGCACCAGACAUAAAGACUGAAAUGAACCCAAUUUUGAAUCCGAGAACAGCAGGCCCAGAAGGAUCACUGAUGGGAAUUCCUGGAUCAAAUCAAAGUGGCAGUAAUUUAACUCUAAAAGGAUGGCCUCUCACUGGUCUUGAUCAGCUUCGAUCUGGGCUUAUCCAGCAGCAGAAGUCAUUUAUGCAGGGUUCUCAGCCAUUUCAUCAACUUCAGAUGUUAACACCACAACAUCAGCAACAGCUAAUGCUAGCACAACAAAAUUUGACUUCACCGUCUUCCAAUGAUGUAGAGAGCCGAAGGCUGAGAAUGCUUUUGAACAGUCGAAGUAUGAGUAUGGGGAAGGAUGGUCUGUCAAAUUCAGUUGGUGAUGUAGUUCCAAAUGUCGGAUCACCCUUGCAGCACCCUACUUUACCCCGUGGGGAUCCAGACAUGUUACUAAAGCUUAAAAUGGCACAGCAGUUGCAGCAGCAGCAACAACAGAACACUAAUCUGCAGCAGCUUCAGCAGCAUGCUCUUUCAGGUCAGCAGACUCAAAGCGCAACUCAUAGUCUUCAGCAAGAUAAAAUUGUGGGUAAUGGAGAUGGUAGCUUGUCAAAUUCCUUUCGGGGAAAUGAUCAGAAUGGAAGAAAGAGAAAGCAGCCAGCAUCAUCAUCAGGACCUGCUAAUAGCACAGGAACUGCAAAUACUGCAGGACCCUCUCCAGGUUCAGCACCCUCAACUCCUUCAACACAUACUCCAGGAGAUGUGAUUUCGAUGCCCCCUUUGCAACAUAAUGGCAGCUCAUCAAAGCCUUUGAUGAUGUUUGGAACUGAUGGUCCCAGCUCUCUUGCAUCACCAUCAACUCAGUUGUGGGAUGAUAAAGAUUUAGUGCCUGCUGAUAUGGAUCGUUUUGUAGAAGAUGGAUCCCUUGAUGAUAACGUAGAGUCUUUUCUAUCUCACAAUGAUACAGAUCCAAUAGAUGCAGUUGGUCGCUGUAUGGAUGUGAGCAAAGGCUUCACUUUUUCAGAAGUUAGCUCUGUCCGUGCUAGUACGAGCAAAGUAGUCUGUUGUCAUUUCUCAUCAGAUGGUAAGCUGCUCGCAAGUGGUGGUCAUGAUAAAAAGGCUGUAUUGUGGCAUGCAGAUUCUCUAAAGCCGAAAUCAACACUUGAAGAGCAUACUGCAUUAAUUACAGAUGUUCGUUUCAGUCCCAGCAUGUCACGUCUUGCAACAUCUUCUUUCGAUAAGACUGUCAGGGUUUGGGAUGCUGAAAAUCCCGGCUACUCUCUUCGCACCUUCACUGGCCAUUCUGCACCUGUCAUGUCACUGGACUUUCAUCCAAAUAAGGAGGAUCUUAUUUGCUCGUGUGACAGUGAUGGUGAAAUAAGAUAUUGGAGCAUUAAAAAUGGUAGCUGUACUCAAGUAUUUAAGGGUGGCACGACACAGAUGAGAUUUCAACCUCGUCAAGGAAGAUUACUUGCUGCAGCUGCAGAGAAUGUGGUAUCCAUACUGGAUGUGGAGACUCAAGCAUGUCGACAUACGUUACAGGGACAUACUAGACCUAUUCAUUCAGUUUGCUGGGAUCCUUCUGGUGAGUUUUUGGCAUCUGUCAGCGAGGACUCUGUUAGAGUGUGGACACUGGGAUCAGGGAGUGAAGGGGAGUGUGUUCAUGAGCUAAGUUGCAAUGGCAACAAAUUCCACUCUUGCGCUUUCCAUCCUACAUUUCCUUCGCUGCUGGUCAUUGGCUGUUAUCAGUCGAUGGAGCUUUGGAACAUGUCUGAGAACAAGACAAUGACGCUUUCAGCCCAUGACGGACUAAUUGCUGGUCUUGCCGUGUCAACAGUGAAUGGUCUGGUUGCUUCUGCUAGCCAUGACAAGUAUGUGAAGCUGUGGAAGUAAUGUCUCAGGUUUUGUCACGGAAAUAUUGUCGUUAAGCAAUCAUAGUCAGUGUAUCUUGUUUCGUAGCAGUCGGGGUCAUAACUAACCACUGUUUGAUCUUGAUUUUACAUGUAUGUGUAACUUUUGUGGCAUGUAACCUGUAUCUGUACCCUUAGUGGUAUAUCAGACAUUCAUGACUCAACUAAUCUGGUAAAAUGACUCGGAAUCUUUGAAUAUAAAUUUUGUAGGUGUCUGGCAUUCCUUGUAUUAAUUUAUUGCUUUGAGAUUCUACA